AUGGAAAAAGAACUCAAGGACAUCAGAACCCAUCACCUCAAACUCAUUGAAGACAAACUCAUCGAACUCAUCACUCACAAAAAUAGAAUUCUUGCAGUCCAAAGCGAAGAAAUCGGAGAAUUCAAAAAAAACUUCGAUGAAUUCAAGCCUCUCACUCAAGUAAUUCAAAAAACUACCCGCGAAUGUCUUUCAGAUUUUUAAUCUAAAUUGGACCAAGCCGACAGAUAAGCCAUUCAACAGUUCCAUCAACAAUAGGAUCAAUUGGAAUACCAUGCCAGUCGAUUGAACCAGCAACAGAAUCAGAUCCAAUCGAUCCAAGAAUUAUUUGAAUAACAAACUCGAUCCAGGUUAUAAAUUGCAGAAACGCAAAAGGCCAAAGAGAGGAUGCUCAUUGAAUUACAGCAAACCAAAGAAGAACUUGAACAAAAGAAGUUCCUGAAACAAUAACUUAUCAACAAUUUUAAACUGAGUUAACAACAAUAAAUUCAACUACAACAAGAACUCAAGGACACCGAACAUCAGAAAAGAUACUGGAACAAUCUCCUCCAAGAAGCCAAAGGCAACAUACGUGUCUAUUGUCGUAUUAGACCAAAUUCACAAGAGGAUAUGUUAUUGCUAAAUGGAGAAUGUACGUUAGUACUUAGAGUUCCUGAGAGAUUCCUAAAGUCAACCAACUGCUAGAAGGAAAGCAGUUUCAAUUUCGAACACAUCUUUAGCUAAGAAGCAGAUCAAUAGGAAAUUUACAAUGAACUCUCAGAUUUGGUCCAAAAUGUAGUGGAUGGUCAUAAUGUGUGCAUCUUUGCUUAUGGACAAACUGGCUCAGGCAAAACAUACACCAUGUAGGGGGAUGAUUAUAACAAGGGUGUGAUACCGAGAGCGAUUGAGUAGAUCUUCAAAGAGAGGUAAGGGAUGUUGGAACUUGGAUGGCAAAUGAAUAUCAGAGUUGGGUUCCAAGAGAUUUACAAUGAGUAGAGCAGAGACUUAAUUACAAAUUAAAAGUGCGACGAAGUUAAAUUAUUGGAUGUCAAAGACAUAGUGGAAGUGGCAGAUCAUUUUAAUACUGCGAAGAAGAACAGAUAAGUUGCAGAAACGCUUAGUAACGAGGCGUCAUCUCGAAGUCAUUUUAUAUUUUAGUUAAAUUUGUAAGGGCAUUUGGGGGACAAGCAGAUUAAUUCUACUUUAAAUUUGAUUGAUUUGGCUGGUUCUGAGAGGGCCAAUGUGGCCAAAACUGAAGGGGAUAGAUUCACAGAGACUAAGGCCAUUAAUAAAUCAUUGAGUGCUUUGGGCGAUGUGUUUAAUGCUCUUUAUACGAAGCAGCAGCAUGUCCCGUUUAGAAAUAGCAAGCUGACCUUCUCAUUGUACAAGUACAUGGAAGGCAGUUCGAAGACGUUGAUGAUGGUGAACAUUUCGUCGAGAUCAGAGGAUUUUUAGCAAACUCUUGCUAGUCUCAGAUUUGCCGAGAAAGUGAAAACUUGUUCAAUUAAGAAAUGA